GCUUCGCUCUGAAAGGCGCUUCGGCUUCGCGUCUCGUUCCUGAACUUUUUGUUUGGAUUUGACUGAAACCUGGUCCAACCAGCAGCUGCAGCUUCAGAGGAUCCGCAGGAAACACCUUCAGUUAGAACUAAACCAGAGAACCGGGAUAAAGCUGGAGGUCAAAGUUCAUCUGUUGCUGGUGCUGCAGCUUCCGGCCGGUCAGUUGGAAAUAAUUAAAUUAAAACAUUAUUUGAUUCCAGCUUUACAGCAGCAGUUUGUUACGGAGGUCUGACGGAGUAAAGCGACAGAAGUCAGAGAGGCGCCACCUGCUGGAGGAAAGAGGGAACGUAGGGAACAUGGCAGAUUUGGUUYCUSUACUUACAUUCCAGAUGUUUAAAAAUGAGCUUYGACUCUACACAACUAGAUUUUUACCRCCCUGAAUGAUAAUUUAAGAUUUCUGUUUUUAGCUACAUCAUCACCCUGUCAUCGGCCAACAGCAGGACUCUGAAUCUCAGGAUUCUUGCCUCACCUGUCAGCCUGUAACCGCUGUGAACCAGAAGAGGCUGAAGCCWGCUGCCUUUCCUUACCUCACACCUCACUACCGUCUCACUGCCAUCACACAGGAACCUCUGACAAAGUUUAAAGCUGGAAAAGCAGCAAAGUUCCCCAAUAGUUGAGCCAGAAACUGGAGCACAAAGCUGCUGUAUUUGAAAGAUGGGUCACUCUUAGUGACUUWGGGCGAUGUCAGUGUGGCUAAUGUUGGGUCUGUGGAGCUCAGACUCUAGCUUUGUUCCCAUUAACAAGAAYUGCGUAAAUUUAAAGUACCAAAAUUAAUUUGCUAAAUGGAAGCUCACCAAUUUUAAAAAACUCAAUAAAAUGUUUUUGUGCUAGGAUUAUGUAUAGAAACAGAUGUAUGUUGCAAAAAUGCAAUGGAAACGCUUGUUUUGUUUCAYGGAGUCACAUGAUCAACAGCUGGAUGUUACUACUGGCAGAAACGACAAAGAAGAUGGCAGGACGUGUGAGGAGGACGAUGGUUUUCACCCAUCGCUGGAACAAGCUCAUUCACGUGUGAUUGUGAUUUUUCAGCAUUAGCGAAAGAUSGACAARCAUUYACGUGCAUGAGUAACGGAGCUGAGCAGCAUCUCUGGCUAACGUCYAGUUUUUCUGUCUUUUCAGUGUYUUGCUCGGAGUUGGUCUUCCUSGUUAGCUUGACCUACAGAAAGUUCUUCCAUCCCGUCCCGGAUCCGUUGCCAGCAUGCCCAUCAUUAGCAACGCCAACCAUGACUUCAGCACCUACUCCAUCAGCAGCGAUGAUAGCAGCCUGGACCGCUUCUUCACCGAGAUCCCAGAGACCGAGACCCUAAAGGGGGUGUACUUCCAACGUGCCCAGCUGCUGCGGGAGCCCCAGGCCUCCUUCGUGGUGGACCACGCCGUGCAGGUCCUCAUCAACGUUGGGGGGAACCGCUACGCCUUCCCCUGGAGCACGCUGGAGCAGUUCCCCCAGAGCCGGCUGGCCCGUCUYCGCUCCUGCACCACGCCGGAGGAGAUCGCUCGGCUCUGCGACGACUACGACGAGACGUGCCGGGAGUUCUUCUUCGACCGGAACCCCACAGCCUUCAGGGUCAUCCUGAACUUCCUGGCGGCGGGGAAGCUGCGUCUUCUCCGGGAGCUGUGCGCCGUCUCUCUGCACGAUGAGCUGGACUACUGGGGCGUGGACCCGGGCCACAUGGAGCGCUGCUGCCGGCGGCGGAUGAUCACCCGGGUGGACGAGGUGGCAGAGCGCCGGCGGAAGGAGGAGGAGUGGAGGCAGAAGAGGAGGAAGCUGAAGAAGAGACCCCCGCAGGCGGAGAAGGGCUACCGCAGGCUGGUGUCGGCGCUGCGGGAGGUGAUGGAAAACCCGCACUCGGGUUUGGCGGGGAAGAUCUUUGCCUGCCUGUCCAUCAUCAUGGUUCUGGUGACUGUGGUCAGCCUCUGCAUCAGCACCAUGCCGGACCUCAGAGACGAGGAGAACCGGGGCGAAUGCUCCCAGAAGUGUCGCAACAUGUUCGUGGUGGAGUCGGUGUGCGUGGCCUGGUUCACCCUGGAGUUCCUGCUGCGCUUCGUCAACGCUCCCUCCAAGCUGGCCUUCGCUCGCGGCCCGCUCAACGUCAUCGACGCCAUCGCCAUCCUGCCGUACUACGUGUCGCUGGUGUUCGACGUCGGGGAGGAGGCGCAGGACGAGGCGGUGAUGGGGGCGGGCCGCGGCUACCUGGACAAGCUGAGCCUGAUCCUGCGGCUGCUGCGGGCGCUGCGGAUCCUGUACGUGAUGCGGCUGGCGCGCCACUCCCUGGGCCUGCAGACGCUGGGCGUCACCAUGCAGCGCAGCAUGCGGGAGUUCGGCCUGCUGCUGCUCUUCGUCUGCGUGGCCGUCGCCCUCUUCUCGCCGCUGGUCCACCUGGCCGAGAGCGAGCUGGCGCCGUUUGCUGCCGCGCACCCCCAGCACAGCUUCAGCAGCAUCCCGGCCUCCUACUGGUGGGCCAUYAUCUCCAUGACCACGGUGGGCUACGGCGACAUGGUGCCGCGCAGCGUCCCCGGCCAGAUGGUGGCGCUCAUCAGCAUCCUGAGCGGCAUCCUCAUCAUGGCGUUCCCGGCYACCUCCAUCUUCCACACCUUCUCUCGCUCCUACCAGGAGCUGAAGCAGGAGUACGAGCGCGUGUGGAAGCAGGAGCGCCACGAGGAGAUGAGCGACUUCUCGCAGGAAGACUUCUCGUCUGCGUCCAAAAAGGAAAGCGACGGAGUGACGUCCAACGAGACGCAUCGGUCCACGCUGCCACCCUCUGCUUUCUGAUGGACCACAAGUUCAGACAUUUCCAGUGUCCGUCCCUUUAAACCUUUAAUCAGACUCCCAGAUGGACGUCCAGCUGUGGCCCCUGAGGGUCUCCAGGUCUGGGAUGCAUCCGGUUGACCAACCUGCAGGAUCCAAGGCCGAGGAUCCGCUGAUGUUGGGUCUCCAGCUGAGGAGUCUUCCUUUAAUUUCUACUUGAUCAGGUUUAGUUUUGUUCAGUGCUGCAAGCUUCAACCCUUUAUUGAGUCCAGAUUUAGAGAAUCUGUUGCAUGUGAUCCAGAAGGUCCAUCGGUUUAAAUCCCAGCCAGGUUUUAUGUGUGGACGGAGCCAACAUGUAGUCUGAUUUCCCCCUGAUAGUCCGGAAGACUCGGUUCUAUUGGUACAAAACAUUUAACAUCUCCAGCUGCUGUGGUUUUCUUUCCCAACCUGUUCCCCUCCUGGCCUGUGGGGGCGCUGC